AUGCAAGAUAAAAAUGGUAAAGAGUUUUUAAAAGUAUUUUUAUUGAAAGCAAGUCAGGAUUUAGUUGGAGGUGACUUAUUUAUAAUGGAUUUUAAAGGGGAUUAUAAGGUCAUCAAAACUGACAUUGGAAACGAUAAACUUAAAAUAGUUUGCUUUUUAACCAAAGAUACAGUGUUUGAAUUCAAGGAUAUCACCAAAGGGUCGUUAAAUCUACAUAAUGGUUAUUUUGCAAAUAUUUUAAUCAAAAUUGACGAUAUUGGCCAUUUAGAUAGCAGAGAUGUAGAUAAUAUUAAUUUAGAUGGUAAUUCGAAAAUCAAGGAAAUGACACUUUUUGAAAUCAAAGAUAAGGAUGAUCAAAUAGUAGAUGAUAUUAUAGAUUCAAGUUUUAAAAAGGUGGUUUUAAUAAGCAAAAAAUUUGAAUAUUUUAAAGAUCUAUUAGAGAAUGAAGAUAUUGAAAAAAAAGAAUUUAAACAAUUAAAUGACAGCUCAUACUAUCAUCAAUGUAUGAUUGAAACACCAAUCAAUAUUAAAAUUAACAAUAUGUAUCUUUCUAUUCCAUGCUUAAAGGAACAGUUAUAUGAAAUUUGUUCAUCAUUUGGAAAAAAUAUUUAUAAUAAUGUUUGGGAAAUAGAUAAAAAUCUAAUUAAAAUAGGGAAUGAUGGUGGAUUAUAUUUAGAAAGAGAACAAUCACUUAUAAAUAAAGUAAAGGAAGGAUUAGGAAUAUAUAAAGAUGAAAAUAUCAAAAUCAAACUAAAAAGAAUGUUAAUUUGUAAAAAUGAAGGAUAUUUACCAUAUUGUGAUAUUGAAAAACAAAAUUCUAAAUAUUUCGGUAAAUUAUUUGUUUCAGUGCCAAGUAGUUCAAUUGGUGGUGAAUUUAUAAUUACCAAUCCAAACAAUGGUAAAAACAAUAGAAUUAAUCUUUCAAAUAACUGGGGUUCAAUUUUCAAUUGCGUUGCAUUCUAUUCAGAUUGUUUAUUUACUAGUGAUCCUAUUUCAAGUGGUAAUAGAGUUUAUUUGGAAUAUGAUAUGGCAAAAUCAACCAAAAGAAGCUUAUCAAGUAAAACCCUAGAGCAAAUAAAAUCAAACUAUGAAAAUAAAAGUGAAAAGAUAUCAGAGCAAUUAGAUUUUAUUUUUAAUGAUAAAAAUGUACCCAAAUUGGUAUAUCUACUAAAAAACAAAUAUUUAAUGGAUGAAAAUUUAGCUCCCCAACUUGAAGGUUCAGAUUUCAAUGUUGUAAAAAAGAUAGAAAAGGUUUCAAAGAUUAAUCCAGAUUUAGGUUAUUGUUUUUCAAACUAUUGUUUAAAAAUUGAAAGCACAGGUUCAUUUGAAAUUGAAAAUGACGAAGAAUCUUUCAAAGAAGAAGAAUGCAAUAUAUUAGAAAAUUUUAUUCACACCCAUAGAGAUAUAAACUAUAACCCAAUCAAUUUAAACCAAACAAGUAUAUCCCCAGAUUUUUGUGAACUUUUACCAUCGCAACCAUUCCAAUCAUACAAUUAUAUUUCCUCAAAUCCCGAUUUUAAAAAAAACAAAUUAUCCCUUACAUAUGAAUUACCCUCAUUAGUAAUAUAUAAAAAAUCAUUAUUACAAAAAAAUAAUAACAAUAUUUUGUCAAUAGAAAACGAUAUACUAGCUGAAAAUGGAAAUAGUUACAACACUGAACCACCACAUAAAAAAUCUAAAUCAACUUAA